AUGUUCAAGCUUGGCGGAAAUGCUGAAACGGACCCCUCGGCAUUCGCUGAUCACCUGGCCGCUGCCGAUGCUUGUGCUGAGGUGGAAGGCCGGCCAAAACCAACACGGACAGGCAGAGGGCUCCCUCUGCGAGAGCGCAAGGUGUAUCGUAAUCUAGCUAGAUAUACCCCGCGAGUGCAAGGACUGACCUUUGACCACAACCAGAUCCGGUGGAUCUCCUACUGGAAAAACGAACAGAACAAACAAGUGCAGAAACACUUCCCAGUUAGCAGAUUUGGCUUCUUUGGCGCCCGACUCAUGGCUUUAGAAGAGCGCAACCGGAUUCAGGGAUGGCCCCUAUUCGCAGAUGAAGCGUUUCAUCUCAUUGAGGGGUUGAAAGUAUUUGUCAAGUCCAAUCCGGAAUAUGCUGCAGCCCUUCUACAAGGGGGCGAACUAGAUCCCGUCACCGGCGAGAUCCACCUCAAUGUAUAUGCAGAGCAGGUCUUAGAGUCCUGUUCAGUGACUCUGGAAGAACGCAUUGCAGCUUCUUUGGCAACAGGUCUGCGGGCUUUACCACCGCAAGUAGACGCAGGCGGCCGAAACCAACGCAACAAACCAGCACCAGCAGCAGGUGUGACGACCCGCCAAACGGCACCUCUACCUGUCUCCCAGGAAGACGAAGACUGGUCCGUUAACCGCAAGGCUUCUGUAGGAGUGGCAACUCGCCGUCAGAGGGCAGCUCGUUUAAGGACAGCAGCUCGGCGGACCGGGGUCACGUCAAGCCCACCCGAUAGACGUGCUGCUGCGCCUCCAGAAUUGGUGAACUCCGCGGGGCAAGAAGAGAUCAGCCUUCCGCUUCCUGCAUUUCAGGCAAAGACCGUCGAGUCCCAACAGCCCCCAGAAUCUGGCAUAACUACCUAUGCAGAUAUCCUUGCCCAGGCUUAUGCCCUAUCAAUGGGAGGGCUCAAAGUAGACGCAACAACAGCCCAUCAAGCACUGCCUAUGGUGCAAAGCCAAGGAGAGCCUUGGCCAUCACCGGCCCUUCACUGCAGAAACCAGGAAGUGCUGCCUGCCCUGCUGCCAGCCACCGCAGGAACGGUUUAUCUCGAGGCAGGAGGGGCUGACUCUUCAGUUAACAACCGUCUUGUUUCCAUGGCUUCCUCAAGCUAUGAAGAUCCCGAACCGCUGGCCGACUCCACCGGGUUAGGUGAACAGGAACCAGAUGUGCUACGAGACCUCCUCAACUGCAACGUGUCCGAACCGACGGACAUUGGCGUAGAUUGGGAACUUGAGGGUUCAAAUACUGCAACUAUUGUUGACGUUAGCAGACCCACAAGAAACCCCAUGUCCCGCCAGUCUCGCAUAUUUUAA